UACAAUAAAUCCCUGGAAAUGACAGGAAGAUUUGUUGAGGCUCUUUGAGUGGACAGAAAACAAAUACAGUGAAUUUGACGUGGUACUGGUAAGAAUGCAUUCAGAGUGAUGUAAAUAAUGUUUGCAGGAUGGUGGGUCUAGGCCCUGAAGAUGUUUCUAAUACCGUUGGGGCCCUGAAGGCUAGGAGUGCUGGACACUGUCAGAAAGGAUGUUGCAGAAGCUUUGUGGUGUUGUAGAAAAAAUACUGGGCUUGGGGUCCAGAGACUGAAUUGGAGACGUGACUCCAUCGUUCACUAGUUUGCCAUCUGCAAGCCCUUUAACCUCUCUGAGGCUUUACUCCUGCGAAGUGGGGCAGCUUCAUUUGCCUCGUUAGCCUCACCUCUCUGAGUUCCUGUGGGGAUCACAUGAGAGAAUGAAGGUGAAAACUUGAUAAAAUAACACAACAUAGCUAUCUAUGCACAGGGUCGUCUUACUAGAAACAAAACCGAAGACAUCGUACCCUAAUACAAUACUGGUGCCUUUGAUCCCCACAUCAGAGUUGUGUAGAGUUGUGGUUUUUUUCUAUCCUAAGGAAGCUAUAGGGGGUUUGGAUAGGGCCCAGGGAAGGAUAAUUAAAUAAUCAUGGGUUGUAGUAGACUAUUAUCAAUUUGACCUGUCUAAUGGAUGCUCUUAUCUGGAAGGAUGAAGGCUGAGUGGCAGCUUAAAAUUAAGUUAUAAAAUCAUGAAGAGUAAGGGCAGCACAAGCGGAUUUGGUCACCAGAUCUUGGAAUUUGGUGAACUAGAAGGUUGUCCAGUGAAAUUUGAAAGAAGCAAGUUUAGGGUACCUAAACAGUACAGUGCUUCACAAUAGUACAAUACUAAAUUCAUGAAAUUUAUUGUCCCCUAUGAGUAAUUAAUAUAAGCUAAAAAUCAUAAAUACUAUAGCUUCAAAAAAGUUCUAGAUACAUUCAUGGACCCUUAUCUCUUAGGACAAACGUGGAUAUUUUGAAGUGUGCCUCUUGCCUUUUGAGGUGGUUCCCGGCAUACUGUGCUCUCCCACAUCCUUCCCCUGGUGACGUGGUCGGAGGCAGUGUUGGGCUGAGUGAGUGGCUGAGGCUAACCCUGUAUUUCGAUUCUCGGGAACUCCCAGGUGAGCCAUGGCAUCACUGAGUUUCCUCCCAGUAUGUGACAGCGGGUGAGAGGGAGAGGUACCAACCCAGUACCCAUGUCUGCAGCUCUACUGUGUGCGUGCACCAGCUGCCUACAGGCCAACUACACAUGUGAAACAGAUGGGGCCUGCAUGGUUUCCAUUUUCAACCUGGAUGGGAUGGAGCACCAUGUGCGCACCUGCAUCCCCAAAGUGGAGCUGGUCCCCGCUGGGAAGCCCUUCUACUGCCUGAGCUCAGAAGAUCUGCGUAACACCCACUGCUGCUAUACUGACUUCUGCAACAAGAUUGACCUGAGGGUGCCCAGUGGUCAUCUCAAGGAGCCAGAGCACCCUUCCAUGUGGGGCCCUGUGGAGCUGGUAGGCAUCAUUGCUGGCCCAGUCUUCCUCCUGUUUCUCAUCAUCAUCAUUGUUUUCCUUGUCAUUAACUAUCAUCAGCGAGUCUAUCACAACCGCCAGAGACUAGACAUGGAAGAUCCCUCGUGUGAAAUGUGUCUCUCCAAAGACAAGACACUCCAGGAUCUGGUCUACGAUCUCUCCACAUCUGGGUCUGGCUCAGGCUUACCGCUUUUUGUCCAGCGCACAGUGGCGCGAACCAUCGUUUUACAGGAGAUAAUUGGCAAGGGCCGGUUUGGGGAAGUCUGGCGUGGCCGCUGGAGGGGUGGUGAUGUGGCUGUGAAAAUUUUCUCUUCUCGUGAAGAGCGGUCUUGGUUCCGGGAAGCGGAGAUAUACCAGACAGUCAUGCUGCGCCAUGAAAACAUCCUUGGAUUUAUUGCUGCUGACAAUAAAGAUAACGGCACCUGGACACAGCUGUGGCUUGUCUCUGACUAUCACGAGCAUGGCUCCCUGUUUGAUUAUCUUAACCGGUACACAGUGACAAUCGAGGGGAUGAUCAAGCUGGCCUUGUCUGCUGCUAGUGGGCUGGCACACCUGCACAUGGAGAUUGUGGGUACGCAAGGGAAGCCUGGAAUUGCUCAUCGAGACUUGAAGUCAAAGAACAUCCUGGUAAAGAAAAAUGGCAUGUGUGCCAUCGCAGACCUGGGCCUGGCUGUUCGUCAUGAUGCAGUCACCGACACCAUUGACAUUGCCCCAAAUCAGAGGGUGGGAACCAAACGAUACAUGGCCCCCGAGGUACUUGAUGAAACCAUAAACAUGAAACACUUUGACUCCUUUAAAUGUGCUGAUAUCUAUGCCCUCGGGCUUGUAUAUUGGGAAAUUGCUCGAAGAUGCAAUUCUGGAGGAGUCCAUGAAGAAUAUCAGCUGCCAUAUUAUGACCUAGUGCCCUCUGACCCUUCCAUUGAAGAAAUGCGAAAGGUUGUAUGUGACCAGAAGUUACGUCCCAACAUCCCCAACUGGUGGCAAAGUUAUGAGGCGUUACGGGUGAUGGGGAAGAUGAUGCGAGAGUGUUGGUAUGCCAACGGCGCGGCCCGCCUGACUGCUUUGCGCAUUAAGAAGACCCUCUCACAGCUCAGCGUGCAGGAAGACGUGAAGAUCUAACCCUGCUCCCCCUUCCCCUACACGCAACCCUAGGCAGUGAGAACUACACUUCGAGCUGCUGUGUUGAGCGUACGAUGGAGGCCUACCUCUCGUUUCUGCCCAGCCCUCCGUGGCCAGGACUCCUGGCCCACAAGAGGGACAGAGCCCGGGAGACUCGCUCACUCCCAUGUUGGGUUUGAGACACAGACAACCUUUUAUAUUUACCUCCUAAUGGCAUGGAGACUCUGAGAGCGAAUUGUGUGGAGAACUCAAUGCCACGACUCAAACUGGUUGUAGUGGGAAGUCCCACAAACCUUGGUGCACCUGGCAUACGGUCGGGAGCUGGUGAAAGGGGUGACCUGGGAGGUGGAAGGAGCCGAGUUGUUGCCAGUGCUAAGCAGCACUGAGGGUUUCCCUUCAGGGACCAACCCACAGCACACUGAAGCGGCCUAAGGGGCCAGAAGUGCAGCCCCUCUUGCAGGCAGCUCUGAGCCAAGUGCUCCCUUCCUCCCUCGCAAGGACAUCUGGAGGGAUUGCCAGUGGAGACCGAGUCUGCAGCUGUCUGUCCAGCUGUGUGUGCAUGUACCGAGGUGCGUCCCCUGUUGUGCCUGGUCUGUGCCACACCCUUACACGUGUGUGUGUGUGUGUGUGUAUGUAUGUAUGUGUGUAUGUGUGUGUCUGUAGGUGCGCACUUACCUGCUUGAGCUUUCUGUGCAUGUGCAGGUCUGGGGUGUGGUUGUCCUGCUGUCUCUGUGUGCUGGUACCUCUGGGUUCAGUAGUGAGCAGCAUCUAGUUCUCUGGUGCCCUUCCCCUGGAGGCCCCCCUUCCCCCUCCUCCAGAGCCCCCCUAUGCCAUGGUGGGACUCCCUUCCUACUGGCUGCUCUGCCCACCCCUGUGUCAGCACAGUUGUUCUUCUCCAUUUCAGACUGGAACCAAAGCUGGCCUAGUUGUCCAUGGCAGAAGGCUUUUGGGUCAAAAUGUGAGAGGAGGGUUUGGGAUGGGCAGGGAAAGAAUCUUGGCAAGAGAAAGAAUCUUGGGUGUUGUGGUCAGUGACAUUCAUGGGAAAGGAGCCAGCCCAAGGGCAUCAUACCCAUCAGCAUCAAGGAAGGGCCAAGGAAUUUGAAGCGCAGAUCUUGGGACUCAGAAUGUCACAUCUGUCUUUCAUAUCCCAGAUUCUGGAAACAGCAGUGUAUAUUUUUGGUGGUGGUGGGUUUGGGGUGGGGAGGGGGAUGGGGGGGCGAGGAGUGGAGAGGGAGCCUGGUUUGGGGGGUGGGGGCAUCUGCAUGGGUCUUGUUUUACUGGAUUAUCUGAUUAGGGUGGAGGGAAAAUGUGAGAUUUGCAUCCACUUCAGGGGCCCUACCAAGGAGGGAGCAGUGUGAGCUGACAUAUUUAACCUGAGUAUAGUAUUUAAUGAAGUCUAGAAGCACGGUUGUGGGUGGUGAUUUGGUCAGCGUAUCUUAGGUAUAUAAUAACUUUGAAGCCAUAAAUUUUAACUGGAGUGGUUUGCUUUUUUUUUUUUUUAAAUUGGGAGGGUCUGGAUUUUAACUUUUUUUAAUAUUGUUAAGUUUUGUAAAAGGAAAACCAUCUCUAUGCGAUGAUUACCUCUCAAUCUAUUUGUUUUUAAAGAAAUCCCUACAAAAACAACCACAAAAAAAGAAAAGUCUCCAGUCAAACGCACACAGCUCAAUCACACACUGGAAAUGUUUGUCCUUGUACCUGAGCCUGUCCCCACUCAGCAGUGAGAUUUCCUCUUUGCCCUCGGGGGUUGGUCUCUCUUGCCCUCUGUUCCCCCAUCCCUUUACCCGAUCGCAUGAGUGGUUUUUUGGUCUAGGACCCUAGUCUUGUGUGCAUCGUCCAGCUGGUUGUGCCUUUUCCUCCAGGCAUUUUCUCAACAAAUGUUUAUUGAGUGUCUGUUGGGUGCCAGGCACUGUACUAGGCACUGGGAAUACAUCUGUGAUCGAGACAGGCUUGGUCCCACUCUUGGAGCACUGAAGAGGGAGUUGAUUCAAGGAAGUGGGGGCCUGUUUUGAGACCAGAAGUUUUCACAGUUGGUUCUGAGAGCCUUUUGAGCCUGUAAUUAUGAACCGAGGAGAGGCUGCCCCCCACACAAGGGACUGCUAGUGGGGCAGUAGGUCCUGGGUUUCUAAGCCCCAGUGAGACACCAAAUCAUUGCAUUCAUUCUGAGCCCCCUCCCUGCCCCCCAGGGGAGGUCCAUUAUGUAUGCAGCCUCAGAGCAUCUCUGCCUCUACAGCCCAGUGAGUCUCUGCCAAAGCCUGUGGAGGGGCAAGAGCCCUCCCUGUGGACCUCGGUCUCCCCAGUGCACCUGGCCUUUCUAUUUAUUUUCCUGAUGUGUUGCUGCUUUCCUUGCAUUAAAGGAGAUCCUCCCCAAACCCUUUAGGCCAAUUUACUGGCCACUAAUUUUCCUUGAAUACUAAUUAUGUCAUUAGGGGUUCUUUGCCCACCCCUGCUGGGCCCCACCUGUCUGCCCUGGAGCAGAACCUUCGUGGGUUAUAGGUGAUGGUGGAACUUCCACUCUGCCCCCAGACACAACUAGCCUCUGGGAUCUGCCGACACAUCGACCCAGCAACUCCCAAGCUACUAGCUGGCUCCCCAGGUAGCCCUUCUGUGCUCACCACACCUGCAGUCCAGCUCCUCCACCUCUGGGGAAGACUGAGCAGUUUUUUGGGAAGCCUCCCACCCUGCAUACUCUUAACACCAAGAGCUGGGGAGAAACUACAGCUGUGUUUUUUGGCCCCCUGAGGCUAACCCUGGUCCAUAGGGCUACCUGCACCUGUGGAUUCUGGAUUCACAGACCAAGUCCAAGCCCGUUCUUCUGUCGCCAUCAAGGCCCCCGAACGGCAUUCUCGGUACUUCUGUUUGUUUUUGUACAUUUUAUUAGAAAGGACUGUAAAAUAGCCACUUAGCCACUUUACCUCUUCAGUAUGCAAAUGUAAAUAAAUUGUAAUAUAGGAAAUCUUUUGUUUUAAUAUAAGAAUGAGCCUGUCCAAUUUCUGCUGUACAUUAUUAAAAGUUUUAUUCACAGUUUUUCAGGUGCCAUGUGUCUUACAUAUGUUGAGUGACCACCCAGCUUUUGUCAGGGAAGUUGGGAACGGUGUAGAUGUUCUAAGGUAGUAUUUCUACCCCCCAAUUUGUCAGGG